ACAUUUGUUUACGACAAAAUUUGUGUGAAAAAGACAUCUACUUAGUUGGAUUGAAAAUUAGUUUAUAAGAAAUUUAAAAAAGAAAGAAAAAAAGCAAAAAAGUGUUAUAAAAGGCAUAAGAAAUAUUGCUAUAGUUUAAUAUUAUAUAUAUUUAAAAAUGUCGUUUAUCUAAAUGUUUUUAUAAAAAUGAUUUGAGUGCAAUGUGGAAUUGUACUAAAAACACUUAUAAUACAAAUAAAGUUUGUCCAGAGAAUGGAGAAGCAAAAAUAAAACAAUUUUCUAAAGUAAAUGGAUGGACAUGUCCACUACAUCCUUUUCAAAUCCUUGGUUGGUUUUUCAUUAUACUGUUUGCAGUAACUCACUUUUCUAUACUCGUUUAUUAUCUUCCACUUGAAUGGAUCUCUGCUGGAAUAAUUAUUCCAGCAAGUGGUUAUGUGAUACACAUUUUUUAUCAUCUCUUCGCUGUAACUCUUGACCCUGCUGAUCCAGCUGUAAGAGGAAAAACGACUAAAAAACCUGCUUUUGAUCGAAAAAAACAUUCUCGUGUUAUAGAAAAUUGUUACUGCUAUAUUUGUGAGGCACAUGUUUCUUCAACAACAAAACAUUGUUCUGUUUGUAAUAAAUGUGUGUCAGAUUUUGACCAUCACUGCAAGUGGCUGAAUAAUUGCAUUGGUGGAAGGAAUUACAAAUUGUUUUUGGGCAGUUGCAUUUCAGGAUUUUUAACAGCUUUAUCCAUGUUUAUUAUUGACUUCUAUUUGAUGAUUGUCUACUAUACAGCAAGAUCUGAUAUUUUUAUUCAUUCCGCAAUGAAGAAUUGGAAAUUAUAUUUUUCAACAUGCAAAGAAGCCUAUAUUAUUUUUGUUAUAGUCAAUGGUCUACUUCUUUUAAUUGCAAUAGGCUUACUUGGUCAUUUGAUUGUUUUUCAUUUUUAUUUACUUUUUAAAGAUUUAUCCACCUAUGAAUAUAUUGUAAAUGCAAGACAAAGUUUUGGAGCAAAAACAGAAAAAGAAUCAGAUAAUAAAAAUGUUAUGGAAGAUGAUUUCAUUGAACGUGAGGCACCUGUUGUAAUGAAGGAUACAUUUUUUGAAGUUGAUAAGAAAAGUAAUUAUGAAAUGCUUCAUAUAAGUAACGGUACUGCUGGUAGAUCGAGGGAUGCUGGGGAUGGACAAUCCCCCUCUGAUUCACAUGGACCUAGUGAUAUGUUUAAUAAUAGUGGCAAUGCUCGUGUAUCUCCAGACCUUGAAAAUGAAGUCUUAAAUACAAGUGCCACACGCUUAAUUGAAAGUCCAUCACCUUCUGUUCGUUUUGAAAUGUUAGCUGAAACGAAAAAAAAGCGACGUAGUAAAGAACGAUCAAUUAGUAAAGUAGAACUAAUGAAUUCUGAUUCUGCAAGUGGCGAAGAAAGUCCUCGCACAUCAUUUAGAAAUUCUUAUGAUGGUGAGGUUGUAAGAUACAGUAAUAACAAAGAUUUAACUAUUUUAGAAGAUUUUAAAUCUCCACAAAUGGGUAGACCAAAUACUAUGUCUAACCCUACCCGAUUAAAAGAAGAAUCAUCUUAUGAUGUAAUGUAUAUUGAAAAUGAAUCUGUCGGAUCCCGACCGAAAUCUCCUUCUCCAAAACAAAGCCAAACAGUUUUUAUUGAGCAGAAGCAGAAUGCUUACUUUAAUGCUAAAUCAUCACAAAGUUCUCUUUCAACUGUUCAUUUGCAUGAUCUUAAUGAAAUCAGUCGAUUUGUUUCGCCUCAAGUUUUUAACACUUCUCGGUUAACACCUAUGAAAGAAGCUUCUAUCGAUAGUAUACAUUCAGCUCCCUUUAGUGUUGCAGAAAAUAAUUUAGUAUCACCUUUAUGUAGUACUGGAGGUUCUGUACAAGAAACAUCUGUAGUUACAAAUGAGCGAAUAGUAUCUCCUUUGGCAAGUGUAUCUAAGCAAGCAAAACAGGAUUCAGCAGUUGUAACAACUACACAAGCAUCACUUCCAAAUGCUGUGGAGUCUCAAAACGAUUUUAUUAUUAACAUUACUGCAGAUGCAGAUGCUAUUAAGUCACAUAAAGACCAUGUUUAUACAACUGAGGAAAGUAGACUAGUUCCUUUAAAAGAUUCAUCUUUAGAAAUUACACAAUAUAGUAUGGCCUCUGCUGGAAGCAAUACUAAAUCAAUUUCUUUGCCUGCAGAGAUUAAUCAAAAACCCAAAGACAAUGUUUUAUUUAAUUCUUUUAACGUAAAUCCCGAUAUUGAUCAGUAUAAAGCGAACAAUAAUACAAUAAAUAAAAGUGCAUUAAAUAUAAAUUCAGAAGAUGAGAGCCUCAUAUUUGAAGAUGAGUUUGGAGACACAAACGAAGGUCUUUUACAAAUACAAAAGCUAGAACCGGUCAAAGAAGAAAAAGCUAGUAAUCAUUUGAGUGAUAACAGCGAGAAAAUUGCAGAAUAUGCUUCCGCCUUUAAAUCCAAAAAAAAGACAUCCAGUAUAUAUUCAUAUGGAUCGGAUUCAGGAUUAUCUGAAAAUGAGGUUUCAUUAGCAAAAAUAGACGAAAAUUUUUCCACUCACACAUUGACUGAUACAUUAAAUAGAGUUCGCAAGCUCAGUGAUGCAUUUCCAAAUGUGGUUGAUCAAGACAAAAAACGUUCAUUACCUCAUCCUCAUUUAACAACAACCAAUUCCCUUUCAGAAAUAUCUGUUGUUGAAUAUAGUAAGAAAAAAAAGUUGAAAAAGAAACGCUUACUAGGUAAUGAUAAAAAAGAUCUACCUCCUCUUAGAGGUAGAAGGCCUUUGGCCGAGGUAGAGGAAGAAGGUGUCGACCGAGAUGGUGUAUGAUUUUAUUUUUAUAGGGUUUAAAUUAUAAUUUAUUUUUUAAAAAGAUGUAUAUAAGGUGUUUAAUAUGAAAAUAUUGAUUUUAUUUAA